AAAUAAAUGUUCAUUACUACAUAGGAGUUUUUCUUUAUUUUCAAUGCAAAAGCAGAAUAAAGACAAAUCUAAUUACGCAAACAUCUAGGUUCUUCCAACAACAAUCAAAAACAUACACCUAUUCCUCUACCUUUCCUAAACAAGACAACUUCGAUUACUGCAAAAAAAAAAAAAAAAACCUUCUCUCUUUAUGUCCACGUUUAGCUAAGAUGUCAUCUACAACCUAAAGCUACACAUUAACAAUCUUGUUGUGUUAACAAGAUUCUGUUUUUAUUCUUUUUGGUCUCUGGAUUAUUCAUUAAGAUUUUGUUCCUUCAAUCAAGCCCAUACACUCUCAUUUAUUAAGCCUAUAAUUAAAAAGAUUAGCUGAAUUUUAGACUUUCUUUUUCCACCCCAUGAUAUCUGUUUCAUCAUUUUUGGUCUAGUAUUUAUUUACUUGCCAAAUCUUGGAAUUUGAAUUUCUUACUUUUUUUGAUCUAGAGACACAUCCACUCGCUUUGUAUUGGAUUUUCAUGAUAUGGGGUUGAGAUUUUAUUGCCUACAAAUACACUGUUUGGUUGAUUCUAUUAUUUGUCUUGAUUCUUGAAAAUCCUUGCUUUUUAAAAAAAGUAAAAUGCUGUGAACCACACAAUAUAGUAAAGCUCCUUUCAGCAAAUUGGUGAAAAGAAAAUCUUAAGAGUUUUCUUGAAGUGAUUUUGUUGAAAUGAAGGCAAGAAUAGGGAGUCAAGGGUCAUUGGAGGAGGGUAAAGAUCCUGUUACUAAGGUGGUGAAUCAGUGUAAGCCUUUACCCAUAAGGUUACUUCAGUUUAUAUUGUUAUUUUUGGGUCUUGGUAUUGUAUUUUCAUUUGUUAGUGUGUAUAUGGUUCGAUAUUCAGUAGUGCAGAAUGUAAUUCCUAUGGUACAAUCAAGAUUUCAGUCCUGUUCUCAACAAUUUAGUUUAGAGAGUUGGAUUAGGCCUCCAUCGAAUCUGUUGCAUUCUAUGAAUGACACUCAGUUGUUUUGGAGAGCUUCAUUUGUCCCUCGGAUUAAAGAAUACCCUUUUAAUAGAACGCGUAAGAUCGCGUUCAUGUUCUUGACUAGAGGACCUUUGCCUUUGGCGCCGUUGUGGGAGAGGUUUUUCAAGGGGAAUGAGAAGCUUUAUUCAAUCUACAUUCAUUCAUUGCCAUCAUACAAACCUGAUUUUCCACCUUCAUCAGUAUUUCAUGGCAGGCAAAUUCCUAGUCAGGUGGCGGAGUGGGGAAGAAUGAGCAUGUGUGAUGCUGAAAGACGGCUUCUUGCCAAUGCACUGCUUGACAUCUCCAACGAAUGGUUUUUCCUCCUAUCUGAGGCAUGCAUUCCUCUCCAUAACUUCAAAGUUGUCUAUCACUACAUAUCAAAAUCGAGGUACAGCUUUAUGGGUGCAGUCGAUGAACCUGGACCUUAUGGGAGAGGGCGUUACAAUCCGAAUAUGUCACCUGAGGUUAACAUCACUGAAUGGCGUAAAGGAUCACAGUGGUUUGAAGUUAACAGGAAACUGGCUGUUGACAUUAUUAAAGAUGAGGUAUACCACCCUAAGUUUGAGCAGUUCUGCAGACCAGCAUGUUAUGUGGAUGAGCACUAUUUUCCAACUAUGCUGACCAUAGAAUCUCCGCGCCUUCUGGCAAACCGGACUCUCACUUAUGUUGACUGGUCCAGAGGUGGUGCUCAUCCUGCUACAUUUGGGAAGGCCGAUAUUAACGAUCAAUUUUUCAAGAGAAUUUCUGAAAGCCCAGCGUGUACAUACAAUGACCAGCCGACUUCACUUUGUUACCUUUUUGCCAGAAAAUUUGCUCCUAGUGCUUUGGGUCCUUUAUUAGAACACUCGACUAAGUUUUUGGGCUUCUGAAAUUCAAAAAUGCUUGUUCUUGAAUAACUGAGGAAAUUCCUAGCUAAUUAGAUCCGGUGAUCGAUCAAGCGUCAUGCUUGCUAUUAGAUGCUUCAGCAUGUAGAAUGCUGGGUACAUGAUCUGAUAUGUUCUCUCCUAUAAUGAUAUUGUAUUGUUGCCUUAAUUUUUA